AUGGGGAAGCCGCCGGGGGCCAGGAAUCCGCCUGCGGCGGAGGCGGACGGCGACGAGGCGGUGUUCCUGGAGCUGUCGCGGGAGCUCAAGGAAGAGGCCACCCGGCUGUUCAACCGGGGGGACUUUGAGGGCGCGGCGUUCAAGUACGACAAGGCGGCGCAGCUGCUCCCCGCGGGGCGGCGCGUGGAGGCGGCGCGCCUCCGCGCCAGCGUCGCGCAGUGCUACAUGCGGAUGCGCCCCGCGGAGUUCCACCGCGGCAUCCACGAGUGCAACCUCGCGCUGGAGGCGGCGCCCCGGUACAGCAGGGCGUUGCUCCGCCGGGCCGCCUGCUUCGAGGCGCUGGGCAGGGCCGACCUCGCGUGGGGCGACGUCCGGACGGUCCUGCGGUGGGAGCCCGGUAACCGCGCCGCGCGCCGGAUCUCGGACCGGGUAAGGGCGGCGUUGGAGGAUAAGGGUGUCUCGGUUGCCUUGGAUGAGGAGGAUGUGGUGCCGACAGAGGAUGAGGAUGAGAUUGCUAGCGCCAAAGGAGAGGAGAAGAGGAAGAAAUCUCAUAACAAGCGUUUGGAUUCGGUUGCAGGGGAACAGGAGGGGGGAAAUGGAAAUCAUAUUGCGCCACUGGAAUCUGCUUCCACGGAGAAGCAGGCUGACCCGAGGCAGACAAAUGGGAUAGGGAAUCAUCAGGAUCGUACUGAAGAUAGAGAGCCCAAUGGUCUCGAGAAGCUAGAACAAAGUACUGAGACUGAAGAGAAGGACAUGGGCAACAAGCGAGGUGGACACACUGCUGGAAAGAAGCCGGGGCGUGGUGAGAGCAAGCAGCAAAAGCAUUCUGCAGUCAAGCCAGUGAAUCAUUGUGAGGACAACAUUGGUGUCAAGGAGGAAGCGAUGAAGGAUGUGAAAUUGGUCUUUGGAGAGGACAUCAGGUGUGCUCAGAUGCCAGCUAACUGCUCUCUGUCACAAUUAAGAGAAAUAGUUCAGAGCAAAUUCCCUUCAUUGAAGGCAUUUCUGAUCAAGUAUAAAGACAAAGAAGAAGACUUGGUGACAAUAACCUCGUCCGAGGAGCUAAGCUGGGCAAGUAAUCUUGCAGAUUUGGAAGGGCUAAUCCGAUUAUAUGUUGCAGAGGUUAAUCCUGUGCAAGAGCUUGGUGUGGAUGGGGUCAGGAGACGUCCUUCCUUUGCCACGUUAGAGAGAAACCGUCAUAAUGGGACCGUUUGGCAUGAUGUUGAGCAUAAGUAUUGCGCUGAUGACUGGAUGGUACAGUUUGCCCAGAUAAUCAAGAAUCAUGUUGGUUUUAGUUCUGAUGCAUAUCUGGAUCUCCAAGACCUUGGCCUGAGACUGUACUAUGAGGCUAUGGAAGACACAGUAGAAAGUGAAGAAGCACAGGAAGUAUUUGAAGUUGCAGAGUCGAAAUUUCAGGAGAUGGCAGCACUGGCAUUGUUUAACUGUGGCAAUGUCCACAUGUCUCGUGCAAGAAAAAGGCCAUGCUUGCCUGAAGAUUCUUUACAGGAGUUUAUACUUGAGCAAGUCAAAGUUUCAUAUGAUUGGGCAUGUACAGAAUAUGCCAAAGCUGGCGUGAUGUUUGACGAAGCUGUUAAAACUAAAUCUGAUUUUUUUGAAGGUCUUAUUGCUCUUGGUCAGCAGCAAUUCGAGCAGGCCAAACUCUCUUGGUAUUACGCUCUUGCAUGUAAGAUAAAUAUGGAAACUGAAGUUUUGGAGUUGUUCAACCAUGCAGAGGAUAAUAUGGAAAAGGGAAUGUAUAUGUGGGAAAGAAUGGAAACUUUGCGCUUGAGGGGACUGUCUAAACCAAGUAAGGAGAAAGUUGUGCUUAAGAAGAUGGUCUUAGAAGGUUUUGUGAAGGAUCUAUCAGUAGAUGAAGCAUUUGAACAGGCUUCAAGCAUACGGUCACAUAUAAAUAUCUUGUGGGGAACUGUCCUUUAUGAACGUUCAGUAGUUGAAUUCAAUUUGGGACUUCCUAGCUGGGAGGAGUCACUGACUGUUGCCAUGGAAAAAUUUAAGAUCGGAGGUGCUUCUCAAGCUGACAUCAAUGUGAUUGUAAAGAACCAUUGUGCUAAUGAAACCACCCAAGAAGGAACUUCUACAAAUAAUGCCAAAAGAGAAACAAUACCUGAGUAUAAACACAACUAG